UCUCUCUCAUCCAUUCAGGGGCUGCUGCUGCUGCUGCCCCCCCCCCCCCCCGGGUGCGCAACGCGCCGAGGCUGGAGACGGGGAGGAGAGACGUCGACUUCCAAGGUCAGGGGCGUCAACAGCAGCAGCAGUAGCAGCCUCGGCAACAGCAGCAGCAGCAGCGGUCUCAGGCAGUAGCAGCAGCCGGCAGCAGCAGCAGCAGCAAGGGCGGCUUGCUCUCGAGCUCACACGGGGCUCCCUGCGUCCCCGCUUCGCGUCUCCCCGCCACGGCCGCCGUCGGCUCCUGCCCCAGGUAUGGCGAGCGGGAGUGAAGCAGCGGUGAGCGUGUCCAACCGCUGGCCCGCGUGGCUGACACCUGUGGUGAUGGUGGUGCUGUGCCUAGCGCUGGCCGUGCCGAUGGCGUGCAUCGAGGUGGAGAUCAAGGAGAACAAGUUGACGGUGCUCAACGGGACGAACGUGACCCUCAAGUGCCGCAUCAUGUCCUGCUACCGCAUGAAGGCCGCGGUCAUCAACGUGCACUGGUUCUACGGCCUCAACUCCACGCUGAGACAGCGCGCGCUCUUCUCCAUGAAGGCGGGCAAGGCGUGGUACACGCAUGCGUCGCAGUUCCACGGGCGUCUGCAGUGGACGGGCGAGAUAGCGAAGGAGGACGCGUCGCUCAUGCUCUACGACACGCGCUUCGAGGACUCGGGCGUCUACAACUGCACGGCCCGGCACCUCGACGACAAGCUCAAGAUCGCGUCCACCCUGCUGUACCUCAACGUCGUCUCGGAGAUCGAGCCCAAGGACCGGAGCAUCAUGUUCAUCGUGGGCGCCUCGGUGGGUGGACUUGCCGGCCUCCUCAUCCUCAUCGUCAUCAUCAAGAAAGUCGUCAAAUUCGCCAUUAGGAUGCACGCCAACAAGGAGAAGAAAGACUGCUUGGUCAACUCAUCCCCCCAGCAUGACAACGUGGAAAACUGCAUCAACAACUCCAAGGAGGAGGUCGAGAAAGCUUCGAACCCGUGAUGCACUCUUCUGCGCCCCAGCCAGUGCAGGAGGCCUUGAAGACUGUGUCGGGGGACGGUCUACUGGUCAAGCAAAGGUCAAGCAAAGGUCAAGCGAUGGCACCCAGAAGACGACCCGCGACGUCACGGCUUAUACAACCAAGGAAACAUUAAACAAAAAAACUUUGCAUGAAGUGCUAAACUGUGUGAGAUAUAAAGCAAUUAGUGCAAUGCUGCUUCUACGCGCUUUUCGAACGGGGAUCUGAGGCAAAUUUUACUUGAGAAAUCUCUGAAACAAAUCACUCAAUGCAUAAAAUAAUUCAUUGCACUUCAUACAUUUUCUAUACGUAUACUGUACAUAAAAUAUAAUUAUAUGACACAUAUAUAUUAGGGCUAGCUAUUCUAUAACGGUUCUAUAUUGAACUAAUACUGUAAUGUAAAUUUAGCGGUUGACAUGCACUAUGAAAUCUAAUGUAUGCUUACAUGCACUGAAAUCGAAAAACUGCCAAAUUCUGAAAAACAUACAUGAUUAUCAAUGUCAUUUAUAUAUAUAUACCCACACACACACACUUACAUAUGUGUGUGUAUAUAUGCACAUACAUAUACACAUGCUGUAUAUCGUCAAAUAAUUCACAUUUUUUUACAAACUUAUCAAUGCCCUCCGCAGGUUAUACUCGCACUUAACCAUACUUUAAUAUGUGGAUGCUCACGUGAAAGGGAAUUUUCAUAACCCCCCUCCCCCAUCCACACACCCACCCCGCCACUGCGUGCAAUGGAAUGACCCACAGAACACAUUCCUGCGGAGGGAGCUGGUAGGAACGUUCGGUUGCUCGGUCAAUGGCCAGGGUCAACGGCGGCGUGGUGUAUUACGCAAAUAUGGCCGACUGUGAGGGCGGGCACAAGCCGGUGUGAGUAGGUUAAACGUUGAGUUUUAUAAGGGCACCGCGGGGUGACCAGCCCCUCCCCACCCAGCCCCACCCCUUCAACCCCCCACCCAGCCCCUCCCCACCCUCCCCUCUCCACCCAGCCCCACCCCUCCCAUUUUUGGAUGCACGACGGACGGACGGACAGAAUAAUCCCCUGUGGGCUGGUGUAACCAGGAGGUUCCUACCAGUAUAAACUGCCACACCUGUAGGAGCUGCAGCAGCCCGUUGUGUCGUACCUGAUCUCUGCUCACACGUGGGGCGGGCCAUCAUGGUUUGGAGCAUCCCAUUUUGUCGGCCCCGGGCAGGGUGACGUUGGAGACAUCGAUUUGUCUCCGCGAUGGCCGCAGUGGACCCGAUUGAUCGAGGAUUUCUGUGAAGCCGUUUUCCCAUUUCAAGAUACAGAUCCCAAAAUCUCUUAGGAUCCUUGGCUUAAAAGCCCUGGUUUCCUGCUUUGGGACAAAAUCAAAUGCGCUGGCCUUGGCCUCAUUUGCUUGCACGAUUUGCACAAAACAGGCCUCGUUUGUAGAUUCAUGUUUGCACUCAAUGAUGCCUAUGCCCCCCCCCCCCCCAAUUUUAGGACACUGUAAAUGUAUCGGGGACAAGGGAAAAGGUUACAAGGCCCGCGUUGUGGACGCGAGUGGAGGGCCAGGAGGUGAAGUUGAGAGACAUUGGCGCUGUGGAUGGGCCUCUAGCGCCUCGCCUGUUGCACUGCGCUGUUUCCUUGUCAGGAAUCUUGUUUGCUGGUAACGCAAUUCCGGUGAUGGACAAGACUUCCAAUUUGAAAUUGAAUCAAGUGGCGCUUUGGCAGUUUAAAAAAAAAAGCUGAAAGAAAAAAAAAACAUGAAAAUCAUUUGAUGGUUUUAACAAAAAUGUUUUUACUUGAGUCAAAUUGACUGCCGUGUAGACGACCUUGCGCGUUGCAUGCGAAUGCCCACCCGUCAUCCUACCGGAGCUCAAUCUCAUCGGCGUCGUCGUCAUCAUCAGCAGCAGCAGCAGCUUUUCUUGUUUCUUAAUCUUUUUACUCCACAGACCUUCAGAGCCCCGCGUGCCCCUUCUGUUGUGAGCGACGUGGAGCCUCUUGGCUCGCUUGACGGUCGAGAAACCCGCAACGCCGCACACGUACACACACACAUACACGCACGUGCGCGUGUGUAAUGCUCACGUACACACGCGCACGUACACGCGCGUACAUACGCACGUACAUACAACGCAUGUACAUACACGCACGCGCACGUACACACGCGUACAUACGCACGUACACGCACGUACACACGCGUACAUACGCACGUACACGCACGUACACACGAACGGGGCUCGGUGUGCACAAUCAAUGAAUGCCUCGGAGUUCUCCGUUGGGGUUUUUGUGUUUGUGACAUAAAAUUGCUUCCGAAUGAGUGGCGAGAACGGUGGGCAUGACGCCGGCCGAAUGAUCUCGUUCAGCAUCUGUAUAAUCCAGACUGCAAUGCCCCCCAUUCACCAUCUAGCAACAAUAUGCGUCAGAACUCUGUUGUGUGUGUCUGUGUGUAUACAGUAUAUAACCGAUGUCGUUUGCUUUUUUGUCAACAUCGAAAUACAAAAUUAUCUUUG